AUGGUCCACCAGCAAUUCCCGAAGUCCGUCCUCGUCACCGGAGCCAACCGCGGAAUCGGCUUCGGUCUUGUCCAGCAGUUUUUAAAGCACAAGGAGGUCGAACACGUCUUUGCCGGUACGCGGAAUCCGGAUAAUGCGAAGGAACUGAACGAAAUCACCGACGCCCGGCUGACCGUCGUCAAGCUCGACAUCAACUGUGACAAGUCGAUUGAGGCGGCCGUGCAGGAGGUUAGCAAAGUUGUUGGUGAAGAGGGGCUGCACUGCCUGGUCAACAAUGCCGGCGUCCUCAUCCCCUACAAGUUUAGCGACGCGCCGAAUCGGCAAAAGCUAGAAGACCAGCUACUCCCCAACGUCGUCUCCCAAAUUAUGGUGACUCAUAAUUUCCUGCCACUGAUCCGGAAGGCCGCCUACCAGGGCAGCUGGGGAGUUGCGCACGCAGCGAUCCUGAACAUCUCCUCCGAUUUCGGCUCAAUUACCUCUGCUGGGAUCAAGGGCUCCGGAGAGAAGGGCUUCAUCCCCUACAAGUGCAGCAAGGCCGCCGUCAACCAGUUCACGCACACUCUUUCCGAAGACCUGGAUGCUGAUGGAAUUUUGGUAGCGGCUUUCCACCCGGGAUGGGUUCAGACGGCUAUGGGAGGACAGGAAGCCCCUACCGACAUCGAGGAAUCCGCCAGCAACCUGGUGACGUCGUUCUCGCACCUGGAGCACAAGCACCAGGGCGGAUACUUUGACAACAAGGGAGAGCGCUAUAUUCUAGGAUCUAAAAUGCAUCAACAGUACCCCAGAUCGGUGUUGAUCACCGGGGCCAACCGAGGGCUCGGCCUCACGCUCGUCAAGGAGUUCAUGAAGCACAAGGAGGUGCUACACAUCUUUGCCGGUGUCCGAAACCCAGAUAAAGCCGACGAGUUGAACGCCAUCAGCGACGCUAGGGUGGUUGUCGUCAAACUUGAUGUCGAAUGUGACAAGACGAUCGCUUCGGCUGUUGAGGAGGUCUCAAAAGUGGUCGGCGAGUACGGGCUCAACUGCCUGAUCAACAACGCCGGCGUCUGGGUGGAGUACAACUUUUCGGAUAAGCCGGAUAGGAAGAAGCUAGAGCAACAGCUGAGCCCAAACACGACCUCCCCGAUUAUGGUGACACAUUACUUCCUACCACUCAUCCGGAAGGCAGCUUUUUCCGGAAGCUGGGGCUUGAGCCACGCGGCCAUCAUCAAUAUGUCCUCCGACUUCGGGUCGAUCAGCAAGCCCGAUUUUCCGGGGAGCUGGGGAGGGUGGUUGCCGUAUAAAGUCAGCAAGGCGGCCCUCAACCAAUUCACGCACACCCUUGCUGAAGACCUGGAUUCGGAAGGAAUCCUCGUAGUCGCGUUUAACCCAGGAUGGUGCCAAACAGAUAUGGGAGGAAAAGAUGCGCCUCUGGAGGCAAGUGACGCGAUCAGUCAACUCGUCGAGGCCUGCUCAAAGUUGGAGCAAAAACACAAUGGUGGCUUCUAUAACUACGACGGGGAAGUGUUUCCCUGG